CAAGAAUUCAUCACAAUAAUAACCCUUGAAAACUUUUUCGCAUAUUUUUUGUUGUUUAUGGUUCUUAUAUUUUUUCCUUGCUGAAAUAUUUUGUUAUUGGCGGGAGCGGCAAAUAAAAUUUUAUCAAAUUACAAUUACACUAUCAAGUUCUGUAACUCUGUCCUUAUAAUUAUUAUAAUAUUGGAAACAAAUAAUAUAAAAGCAACUACCUUUAGAAACAACGCUGCAGAGCGUGCUCGUCUCUUGUCAGCUGCUAAGCCCGAGUCGGGAUCUGCUGCUGGCUGCAUGCGCUGCUAUCACCGACUGUAUAGUCUACGACGGCCUUGGGGCCAAAACAAAUAGCCACAUCGUUGCCGCUGUGGGGGCGGCUCGUAGUGUUUUUUUUCCUCAAUGGGGGCGGCGUCGAUCAGCUGGCCCACCACGACCUUGUGUGCCUUCUAUGAUUUAUACCUCUUCACAUAAGCUAGUUCAUGGUGCAGACCAGGCAGACCUACGUUACAAUACAUGGUGCAACUGCCAACAGCACCACAUUCGGAGAUGGCCGGGUACGGCUUCGCGCCGCCGAGCGUGAAGUGCGAGCCGCCGCCCGACCACGAGCUGCACUACUACAACAUACAGGUACCGUCAAAUGUGGAGCAAAUGUGUCCAAUAAUAAAACAUGAGGUGGAUCCGGGCUCCGACGACGCGCUCCUCGAGUCGCCGUUCCUGCAACAUUUGCAGGGCUCCGGGCUGGAGGCGCUGGCGCCGGCGGCCCCGGCGGCCGUGCCCGUGCGCGCGCCGCCGCCGCCGCCCGCCGCGCGCGCCACGCUCGAGACGCUCGAGCCCAAGCCGCACUGCCCCAGCCCGGCGCCGGGCGCGGGCGAGGGCGCGGAGGACGACGAGUUCGCGCCGCUGCGGGCACUCAAGGACGAGCCCGAUGACACAGAGUUGUGCGCUGACGGGUCGGAGGGCGAGGCGCGCCGCAGCCCCAAGGCGUGGCGCGCGCGCGACAUGGAGCGGGCGCUGGACGCGCUGCGCUCGCAGCAGAUGAGCCUCACCAAGGCGUCGACGACAUACGGCAUCCCGUCGACGACGCUGUGGCAGCGCGCGCACCGGCUCGGCAUCGACACGCCCAAGAAGGAGGGCGGGUCGCGCGCGUGGGGCGAGGGCGAGCUGCGCGCCGCGCUGGCCGCCCUGCGCGCCGGCGCCAUCUCCGCCAACAAGGCCAGCAAGGCGUACGGCAUCCCGAGCAGCACGCUGUACAAGAUCGCGCGGCGCGAGGGCAUCCGGCUGGCGGCGCCGUUCAACGCGGCGCCCACGGCGUGGCGGCGCGCGGACCUGGCGCGCGCGCUCGCCGCCAUCCGCGCGGGGCAGGCGUCCGUGCAGCGCGCCUCCGCUAUAUACGGGAUACCUACAGGCACGCUGUACGGUCGCUGCAAACGCGAGGGCAUCGAGCUGUCGCGCGCGUCGCCCGCGCCGUGGUCCGAGCGAGCCAUGCGCGACGCGCUGGACGCCGUCAGAGUGGGCCAGAUGUCCAUCAACCAGGCGGCCAUCCACUACAACCUGCCCUACUCCUCGCUGUACGGACGCUUCAAGCGGUGCAAGCUGCCGCAGAGCGUUCAGCACAUGCACCCGCAGGAGCCGGCGGGGUUCCCGGAGAUGGAGCCCUACCACUACCCGCAGCCGCCAGGCGAGCCCGCCUACCCGCCGCCGCCAGACGACGCCGCUCUCGACCCGGCUCUGUUCCACCACGAGCUGCCCGCCGCCGCCGCCGCCUGCAGCGACUCCGUGUACUAUACGCAGCACGGCAUCCUCACCAGCUGAGGGCACCCCGCCUCGGACGAGGCCCCCUGACACUCCGCCUGAAGCGAACACUCGUGUACCUGCUACGUAUGUGUACAGCAGAGUCGUUGCCAGUGCGUCGCCAGACUCCGACAACUACACCGUUGUAAGUAGAGGUAGAUACCUACUCCCCUCAUAAAUUUAUUUAAGUACGUAUCUUGUUCAAAAUUACAAUGCCUAAGGUAAGAUCUAAUAUACUUAUUGCAUAUUUUUUGGCAUAGUAGAAUAGUGAAACAUACGAUACCUUCCGUUAUGGUUGAGAAUUAUUGCAAUACUUUUAUGUAUGUGCAUUGUUUAGACUUUAGAAUUUAAGGAAAUAUUAAAAGCAAUGUCGUGGAAGUAAAUAGGCUUUAACUAGUAACAAAAUACGUAAUAAAGGUACCUAAUUAAAUAAUUUAAUCUCUAACUAAUAUAUAACUCAACUUAUAUUCUGUGGUAAAAUAUUUUUGUAAGUUCAAUUUUAAAAGUUCUUCCAUACUUUAGGUAUGAUAUUUAAGUCAAUUUAUAGGGUUUUUAAUACCUGCAUUUACUCCUUGUAAUAAUGUAUCAUGCUAUAAUUAGACUAAUAUUUCUUACUAUAAGUAGUUAGUACUAAAAACCGAACACCUUACAAAUAUUUUGUGGCUAAAAAUUUGUUUACUGGGACAUAUUAUUAUACAGGUGCUUGCGUACUAAUUUAUUUGAGUGUUUUAUGGAUGAUGGAAAAAUUAAUCGGGCACUAGUGGUACCUACGUUAAAGCCAAUGUUUUUCCUUUCUUGUCUUGUAUAUUGUUUGUUAACAUGAUUAUAAAUCUAUAUAUGAUUGUAUUUAAUUGAUUCUCUAUAACUAUAGUACUAACUGAAUUUAAAUCUGAUCUGUCCAUAACAUACGUAAUGCAAUUGUGAUAAUUUGUAUAGAUUUAUGGUGGACAUGUCCAUUAAUAAUUGGCUAAAUGAGAAUGGCCAAAUCUGACCCCCGCUUUGCAGCCACUAACCAAACCUAUUUUUAUUCAAUGAUAAAGGUGUUCUAAAUGAGA